ACACUGCCGGAAGGGACCGAGACACACUUCCGUCUGCCCCGCCCCGCCGCGCAGACCUAGGUUUAGGGACUAGAAGGGGCCGGGUGGGUCUUGUCAGCUAUUCCGGGCGAACUUGCUCUGCGUCUCUAUCAGAAGAUUGGUGGCAGGAACGUCGUUUUGCGGUUUUCUGUUAUGUGCCAAAGCCCGUGCCUCAGUCCGUGGCAGUUCACCCUCCCGGCUGCCCCUCCUUUUAUGGGCCUGUCGCGAGUUCCGAGCGACCCUAAGAACUCUGGGCUCUCGACACAACAGCGGCCACCGACGCUCCCGGGCCGCUCCUCACUUCGCUCCACCCCUCGCUUCGCCCCGCUCCUAUCGCGGUGAACCGAGCGGAGCCGAGUCGCCGGGCGGGGGGCAGCCGAGCGGUACUGAGUAAGUGGAGUCAAGUUCACUCAAGCAGAACCCAGCGGGCCGAGCCGCACCGGGUAGAACGGAGCAGGGAGCAAGUGGCGGCCGCCACCAUGAAGCGGGACCGGCUCGGCCGCUUCCUGUCGCCUGGCACGGCUCGGCAGCGCGGGAGUUCGGGCGGCAGCUGUGGAAGCGGUCGGAGUCGGGGUCGCCCUUCUCGCACCGGCGGAGCGAGCGCUGACGGGGCGGCGGCUUUGGCGGCGGCGCAGCUCAGUUGGGGCUCGACGCGCUCUUGCGGGGAUACAGGCGAGGACGGUACAGACGAGGCAGGAGCAGGCCGAACUCUUGCCAUGGGGCACUGUCGCCUCUGCCAUGGGAAGUUUUCCUCACGGAGCCUCCGCAGUAUCUCUGACAGAGUGCCUGGGGAGACGUCAGAGAGACUGUCCCCAGGGGAGCGUGUCUUCAUUAGGGACUUCCAGCGUCUGCUGGGUGUUGCUGUGCACCAGGACCCAGCCCUGCCUCAGUUUGUCUGCAAGAACUGCUACACCCAGUUCUAUCAGUGCCACAGCCUGCUCAGGUCCUUCUUACAGAGAGUCAAUGUCUCCCCAGCGGGCCAGCGGAAGCCUUACACAAAGUUUGGUGUUCAGCCUCCCACAGUGGCAGAGGAGGGAGCAUGCAUGGCUGAUCUGAUCACCUCGAGCCCUCGGUGUCUGCACAGUUUGGUGGGCUGGGUACACGAACACGCAGCCAACUGUGUGUCUCUGCCCAGCCUUCAGAGGACACUGUCCUCUGAGUACUGCGGCAUCAUCCAGGCUGUGUGGGGCUGCGACCAGGGCCAUGACUUCACCAUGGACACAGACUCCAGCUGCAGAGCUCUCUUUUUGGACAGUGCAUUAGCAGUGAAGUGGGCUUGGGGCAAGGAGGUAUCACCUCGGCUGGCUCAGAACUCAGAGAUAAACCCCGCUGGAGUUGCCUCUCAGCUCUGCCGGGCCAGAGAAACCCAAGUUGGAUCUGAGACCAAGACACUGCCCAGUGUGGAUGUGGCCCUGCUGCCCUCACAUGGAGACUCUGUGGGACCUGGGAUAGACUCCUAUACUCAGCCAAACUUGGUUCCCAGUGAGGCCCCAGGGCAACUGGGUGAGAAGCAGGUUCCGUCUUCAGCCUCGGAUGAUCGGGUAAAAGACGAGUUCAGUGACCUUUCUGAGGGAGACUUCCUGAGUGAAGAUGAGAAUGAUAAGAAGCAAAACCCACAGUCCUCGGAUGAGUCCUUUGAGCCCUACCCGGAAAAGAAGGUCUCUGGGAAGAAGAGCGAAAGCAAAGAAGCCAGAAAACCCGAAGAGCCCAAAAUCAGAAAGAAGCCUGGGCCCAAGCCUGGGUGGAAGAAAAAGCUCCGAUGCGAGAGGGAGGAGCUGCCCACCAUCUAUAAGUGUCCUUACCAGGGCUGCACAGCUGUGUACCGUGGAGCUGAUGGCAUGAAGAAGCAUAUUAAGGAGCACCAUGAGGAGGUCCGGGAAAGGCCCUGCCCACAUCCUGGCUGCAACAAGGUCUUCAUGAUUGACCGAUACCUGCAGCGACAUGUGAAGCUCAUCCACACAGAAGUACGCAAUUACAUCUGUGACGAAUGUGGGCAGACCUUCAAGCAGCGGAAGCACCUUCUUGUCCACCAGAUGCGUCACUCAGGAGCCAAGCCACUGCAGUGUGAGGUCUGUGGGUUCCAGUGCAGGCAGCGAGCAUCCCUCAAGUACCACAUGACCAAACAUAAAGCAGAGACUGAGCUGGACUUCGCCUGUGACCAGUGCGGCCGGAGGUUUGAAAAGGCCCACAACCUCAACGUGCAUAUGUCCAUGGUACAUCCUCUGACCCAGACCCAGGACAAAGCCCUGACUUUGGAAGCAGAGCCCCCACCUGGACCCCUGAGCCUCUCUGGGACCAUGGAGGGUCAAGCUGUGAAGCCUGAGCCUACCUGAGAACUGCAGGUGGAAUACUGGACAUGCUGAGCUGCUUGAACUCAGCAGGUGUGAUGUGAGGUUUAAAGACAUUAAUGUCCCUCAUUUCCCUGCUGGCAUAGUUCUGCUUGCUCUUUGGACCCCACGCUGCACUCCACCUCACAUAUCCAGCAGCUGUAUGUUGGAGGGCACCUCACUCAUGAGGGAGGUGGGCUUGGUGUGUACUUCAGUCUGCUAUGGUACCAGCAGUUUAUUUUCCUAUGGACACUGAGCAAAAUUUAAGGCCAGACACAAAUUAUGAAUAAUUAAUUUUUUUCCUAACUAGAGCAAUCAAGGAGAUUUGUAAUCUACUUUCUAGUGUAACAAGAGCUCCAUGUUAUGCUUGCAAUAAAUUAUUCACAAAGGUGCUGGUUGGUGCACUGAGACAGGUAGUCAGAACAGAUGAGGCUCCUGGUAGAGAUCAAAGCUGGGGCCAGCCUGCCGCCUUUGCAGGAGGACGUUGCUCAUCUCAGGGUCAUAGUCUUCUCGGCCAGCCAGCAGCUAUGAGAAAAUACAUUACUUAGUGCCCACAGCCUGAGUAAGUUGUUUGCAGAUGAAGAGCUGGGCACCACCCGAGACAGUACCCCCCCAGCACAGCCCCAUCAGGCCCCCAGCCCAGCGCUACGCCUGUGACUUCUUGUUUCACUUAAAUUGUGAAAUCAGCUCAAGAACAGCCCUGGGUUUGUUACCUCUCUCAUGUUGGAGAAGCCCUGGGUCUGUUACCUCUCUCAUGUUGGAGAAGCCCUGAGUUUGUUACCUCUCUCAUGUUGGAGAAGCGCUGUUUUGGGCACUGAGGUAUUAGCUGCAGCAGAAAAGUACGUGCUUCCGUUACCAGUUGUACAGGGCUACCCUAGAGCAGAUAGGCAGUCGCGGGUCAGGCACACUGAGUUGGUACUAGCACGGCUCACCUGCUGUUCCUAAGGAAUGAACAGCCGCCUCACGGGCUGGGGGCCUUACUUGGAGCAAGGAGUGGUCUUGGAGCUUUAAGCGUUUGCUGGCCUGAGGUAACACAGUCCUGGUUUCCCCAUCCACAAAGAGCUGCAUCAGCUUUAGGUACAUGUCGACAGCGACAUACAGGAAAGCCUCUUCCUUGAUGAUGGCGUCUUCACUGAAGUAGGAGAGAAGACUGCAGGUAAAGGCAAAAUGAGAAAGGACUUGAAGCUACUGAGAGGUGAGCAGCAGUUAGCACAGACUGUAGACUUACUUGUUGGUCACAGUGACAAGCGACUUUUGCUUUUUCUUUGACCACGCUAGGCACCCAGGCUGGGCUUACUCACCAGCAGGUAGUUACCUGUAGAAGGCAAAUGGUAGCAGCCUGGUGUGCUGAUCUGGGGCCAAGUGGAGGAGGUGCCCCAGCUCGGCAUCUGCAAAAUCGAGGCGUUCAGUCAGUUCUCUAGUGCUGUGGGAUGACUCCAGGAGGUCCUGUGCUCUGAGCCGUUUCUGUCUAGCUGUGGUGACAUCCAGGGGCUUAUGACCUAUGCUGAGGACACCUGUUAGACCUGCUGGGAAAGAGGGUCUUUUCCCCUUGGUCUGGGGAAAUGGGAGUGAUAUGCUCAUACAGGAGAAGAGAGACGGGGUUAAAAAAGGACCCUACAGUGUGCCUAUGGGUAGACCAUUCCAAACCAGCAAUAUUGUGGACCUUUGAGUGUCCCAACUGACUCUUUAAAUAAGUGUGUCCUGAAUUAAUACCCCAAAUGAGGUAAGGUUUAUAAACUUGACCCCAAGGCUUGUUCUUAACUGUCUGAAGGCUGCUUCUGAAGGGUGACAUAGCUGUCGUGGCAGCUUAUCAGUUCAUGUCUGUCUCAUCUUGGGUAGAGCCAGCUUUCCCAUGCUGUUCAAGGGACACAUGGCUUCUUACCUGUCUCUGUCAACUGGAAGAGCAUCAGCCAGGAAACCUUCCUUCUUCCCAAGUACAUGAGGACCUCGGCACAGAUGUCCAUGGCUUUCAGAUACUCAGCAGUGUCCUGUGAGCCACAGAAGAACCCUUAGAAGAGCUGAGCAGAUGGAGAGCUAACUUUAGUGCAAGGUGGGCAAAGCUGGCUCCCAAGAGUUGCUGUGUUCAUGUGGAUUCGGGGUUCAGACCUCACCAUUUUACCCUCCAAAGUCUAAACUUGGUGACACAACCUAAGCAGAGGCAUGCCCUGGGCUUUCUAGAUGGAAAUGUCAUUGGAGCAAGACAUCAAAAGACCAAACAAGAAACACAGCCUGAAAAGCCCAGAGAUAUGAAGUCUGAGUGGGCCUGGAACUUACUACCUUGUGCUCCUGCCUAGCCCAGGGUUGAGGGGAAAAUGUGCCCUCAGCUAAAAGGUGUGACUUACCUGUUGGGUCAGGUAGGACGAGAGUAGGCUCAUCAAGGAAAAGAAGAGGAGGAAGAUGAGCAGCUAGGAGGGAAAGAGGCAGCAUAUGAAAGUCACACUCUGACAUGCUAGGCUAAGUGAGACCCUGGCUACAGCUUAAGGCCUGUAUGUGGCUCUCAGGAAGGGGAAAAUUCUAAUUCACUGCUUUCACUAAUUUUGGAGACAGGGUCUUACUGUGAAGUCCAGGCUAGCCUCAAAUUCAUUCCUACAGUCUUCCUGUCUCAGCCUUCCAAGUGCUGUGAUUGCUAGUAUCAAUCUCCAUUCCAGGCUUUCUAUUGUUUAGAAGCUUCCAUCAGAAUAAAUUAUGGCUUAUAUGGUCACUUAAAACAA